CAACUUUGACAUGCAGUGCCAUUUGUUGGGUCCAUCCCCUUCCAUCCCCAAUGCCUCGAUGGAGUCGCCGCCCGAUCUCAUAUCAGACGGCAUGGGCCCGAUCCCGUGAAGCUUUCAGAUGAUUUGGGAAAUACAUCAAGUGCCCACACGCCAACCAAUAAUAUUCUCGCAGCUUGCUUCCCCGACAUCGUAUUGCCUGGACUUGAACAACUUCCCGUAUCUAAUCGAUCGCCGCAGUCCUGAUCCUUAACGCUCCUCUCGAGCACUGCAGUUACCGCCAGCAACGCUUCGAGGCUUUGGCUCCUCGGGUCGGACGGGAUUAGCGGCAGUACCAAUGGACCCUGCCACUGUCUUCCAUCAAUCUCUGGGCUCAGUACUUCCGCCCCAGCACUUCUUCCCGGGUCGAGCUCCGGUGCCCGGGCCGUAUCCAUGGGACAACCCGGAGCAGGGUUCGCACGAUGCACCACACCGCGUCGCCCAUACUCUAACGGCAUGCCAUAGAUGCCGCAAGAGAAAGACGAGGUGCGACCCCGCCCUUCCGCGAUGCCUCCCCUGCGAACGGGCGGGCUCGACGUGCGAGUACUACGACAGCGCCAAGGGGAGGAAUGUGAACCGCUCCCACGUUGUCAUACUCCAAAAAAGAGUGCGCGAACUCGAGGCCGAGCUUGCCCAAUACACCGACCAAGACAACGAUGACCCGUACAACUAUGACGACAUGGUAUUUCCCGGCGGCAUUGUCCGCCUCAACGAGACGGACGAAACGCCACGCUACCUCGGGCCGAGUAGCGGUACGGCCAUGACCCGCCUGUUGAUGGAGGAGGCGAAGAGAUAUGCCGAGUCGCGGAGGAUAGCCAGCCUGAUCCCUGCGGUGCUUGCGAGGCGGGCUGAACAGAGAGACCGCAUGCAGAGUGUGGUCAUGGGGACUAGCAUCAGCGGACCUUCCGACAGGACCAAGAGCUAUCCCCCCCACAGCAUCAUUCCGGCGUCCGGCUUGCCAAGCAGAGAGAUCGUCGACGGCCUAGUACGGGCCUUCAACGACAGAAUCCAAGUAUUCACUCCUAUUCUUCACGAAAAGAUGUUUGAGGAAGACGUGAACUCUGUGUUUGCCGGGGAUACGGACCCCUACAAGCACUUUGUCGUGAAUAUGGUGGUGGCUAUCAGCUUGCAAAAAAUGGGCAAGUACGCCGGCCUCCCUGACAGCUAUUAUCUCAACGCAAUGCGGCGUUUUGAGGACGUUGUCUGCCCCCAGGAUUUGAAGACCCUCCAGUGUCUGGUUCUGAUCGGACAAUAUUCUUUUAUGACGCCAACCAGGACCGCCACGUACUACGUGACUGGGCUCGCAACCAGGAUCUGUCAGCAGAUGCGCCUCGGGGACGAGGGGACCAUCGGCAUGGGUGUGACGGACCCGCUGGACCUUGACAUGAGGAGGAGAGUGAGCUGGAUUGUUACCGCGCAAGAGUUGGGCUUGGCCAACAUUAUGGGUAGGCCUAACGGCCUCGCUAAAGCUGAUGAUUUCAUAGACGUCAAGUUCUUCGAACCCGUUCUGGACGAGGACAUCACCCCGGAGGGCAUCCGCUCCGGCAACCCUUGCGAAAAGAAGAUAGCCGCCAUCCACUUUUGCAAGAUGAGGCUUCUGCAGGCGGAAAUCCGCCGGGUGCUUUACGAGAAGAAACGCCCCCAACCUUCUCAGGACCUUCAGCCUUGGUUCGUUCAAAUGGAGCAGAGACUCACGGAGUGGGUCGAUGCCUGCCCCACGAAGCCUGCUUGGUUUAAACCUUGCAUGAUCAUAUCCCUUUACCGCCCCUCUCCGCAAGUGCCUAAGCCCGCCGCCAACGCAGCAAUGAGGUGUUUCGAGGGUUCGCGCUCCAUCAUCGACUUGACGAAUCGCCAGAUCGAAGAGGGCACUGUUGAUAUUUCGUGGGAGUCUUUGUUGACUGUCUACGCCUCACUAAAUGCGCUUCUCUGGUCUAUCUCAUACGCCGAAGUACGCGACACACACAACCGGGAGGACGUUCAGGAUCUGGCAGCGACCGCUCUGGAGGCGAUUAAAAUCUUCUCCGACCGAUGGCCUGGGUCCUCGUCCGCAGUCCAACUAUAUACCGUGAUCGCCGAUGCUUGUCUCCAGAGCUAUGAUGCGGGCGAGGAGACCCCUUCACCACCGCCGGGUAGUCAGCUCGGAACGCCAGUCACUUUGGCUGGUCCGAAGUCCCCCGAGUCGGAUACCUCGAGGGAUACUCCGACCCGUCAAACACAGCCACAGUCGGCCACCUCACUCUUCAAUACAUCCUCCCCCUUCGGGUACGUGUUCGAUGCCGCCAAUAACCCGCUAGGUGCUCAGUACGGAUUCGAGAGUGAGGCCUCUCCCUUCCCACACCAACCCAGCUUCCGUUCCAACUCGAUCUUCAUGAGCCCUUCGACGGACGCGAACGGCCGUAGGUUAUCGAACCUCGCGCCUGACUCAAACGAAGCUUCUGCCCCCAGCCGCAUGGGAACCACACCU